AUGGGCCCCGCCAUCCUUCCACGAAGUCAUCGUGCCGGUUCGCAGGAAUGCCAGGCCCCAUCGCCAACGCAGCGAUGUCACAGGAUGACAGCUCCUGACACAGUGCCACCGCGCUCCAUGCAACAGCUGCUUUCAACUACCGUCAAGAAAUUUGGGUCCGAUCCCAUUCUUGCCAUCCUCCUCUUGAGCCAACCGUGUAGCCAUUUGAGAAUCCAGGUGUUGGAGAGCACGCGGGCAUUCGCCGCCCUAGCGUUCGCCGUGCCAAGAGCCUGUGUACCUCUAGCUGAGCGAGGUGGAGCCUGUUUCGGCGCCGUUUUCCGUGACCUGGAAGACGAUGGCCGGGUUCUCGAAACGAGGUCGAGCUGCCAGAGGUUGGUUUCCAGUCGGGCGCGGCGAUCGACAUGA